AGCAAGAGCUGCCUCGAGGAAUCGGAGCAAAUGGUGGAGUGCAUGGAAGAGAAGAAUCACAUCAUCAUCCCCAUCUUCUACUACGUUGACCCGUCGGAUGUACGCUACUGCAAGGGUUCCUUCGAGAGUGCUUUCCUUAAGCACAAGAACCGUGGCACUAAUGACAGUCAGAUCAAUUCCUGGAAGUCUGCUCUCCAGCGGAUCGCAGAGUUGAGUGGACACCAUCUUCACGAAAAAAGUGAAAUGUAAUUUCCACGAAACACUCUGGCCUUAGAUUACUUUUCUCAUCUAUCUCGCCUACUUUUGUGUUAAGAUUGACUAGAUUUAAAUGUUAUCGCAUAUAUCUUCAUUAUAAUAACGGUGAUGACAGCUGCAUCAUGCGCAAAUAAGUUUUCUUCUGCUUUUGAUCUUCCUUUCCAUGUCCGUUUUAUUCCACAUCCAUUUGGGCAGGUAUCAUGCUGAAGCCACAAAGCGAAUUGUCCGCGAAGUUCAGCAGAUUCUGAAGACAAAGGACCUAAUUGUGAUGGCACCGUUAGUCGGAGUCGAUCCUCAUGUGCAGGAAAUAAUGGCAAAGCUGAAGUUUGACUGCGGCAAUGGGCGAGCAGUUAAAAUUGGAGACACAAGUGAAAUGGUGUUAAUAUGUGGCAUCCCCGGGGUUGGCAAGACGGUCCUGGCAAAAUGUGUUUAUAAUAAACUUCAUCAUCUGUAUGAUGCCUGUAGCUUUCUUGAAAAGAUCCAACAAGAAAUUGAAGAUAAGGGAAUCGUGUCUGUGCAAAACCAACUAAUCUCGGACCUCCAUAACAGAAAUGUCCCAGAAUUUAAAUAUUCUGAUGGUGCUCUGAACUAUAUACAGGGCUGGUUUCACGCCAAGAAGGUCCUCGUUCUCCUUGACGAUGUUAAGGAUCAUGAGCAGCUCAGCGCAUUAGUCGGAGACCUUGAUUGGUUUGGCCUCGGUAGCACGGUCAUUGUGACAUCCCAAAGAGAUGACAUUCUUAUAAGAAUCGAUCGUGCGGAAAGUUUUGUCCUCAGAACGAUGGAACAAGAUAAAGCUCUGCAAUUAUUCUGUAGGCAUGCUUUUGAAAAGGAUUCUCCCCCUGAGGAAUUCAAGGAAGAGUCAAUACGUAUCGCUGCUGCUACUGAGGGGCUUCCUUCAGCGCUCGAGAGCGUAGGUAAAUCUCUAUUAAAAAGAAAAAGAAAAAGAGAGUGGACUGAAACAGUGACUGCAUUGGAAGAAGCUCCUCAUGAGAGCGUCCGAGAAGCCUUCUCCAAGAGCUAUAAAACUUUACAAAGGAAUGAACAGGAGAUAUUUCUUGAUAUAGCGUGCUUUUUCAAUGGAAAGGACAAGAGAAUCCCGUAUUACAUGUGGGAUGACCGUAAGUAUAUGCCUGCUCUAUCGAUUCUCUCUCUUCAUUCCAGGUCUUGGGUAGAAAUUGGGGAAAAGAAAGAAAUACGCAUGUGUGGGAUACUGAAGAAGUUUGGCCGGGAAAUUGUCGAGAGUGAAUUCAAGAGAGAACCUUGCAAGCGCCGGAGGCUGUGCGACUGCGAAGAAGCGCUGGAUGUACUAAGAGGAGGGAAGGGUACCCUGUACGUUGAAGCCCUCAGGCUGAAGUUUGCGGACCGGUCCAAAGGGAAUAUCAGUUUCAAAUGUGAUCAAAUUGAUGGUUUGCAGAACUCGAGGUUCCUCAAGCUGGAUCGGGCUGAUAUUCAGGGAAACUUUGGGGAUCGUCUUUCCAGCUUAAGGUGGCUUGAUUGGCAAGGGUGCCCUAAGAAUAUUAACGUUCGAAGGCUAAACCUGAAUUUGCAAAACUUAGUGGUUCUUAAUUUGUCGGGUAGUCAGGUUGACGGAGACUGGCGAGGUUGGGAGCUGCUUAAGCAGGCAAGGAAACUGAAAGUUUUGAAACUAACUGGUUGUGCCCAAUUGAUUGCCACUCCGGAAUUUCCUGCUUCAAUGGAGCUGGAAAGACUUAUUCUGGAAGGCUGCUCUAAAUUAGCAGUUAUCCAUCCAUCAUUUGGUAAUCUGACGAAGUUGGUAUAUUUGAACUUGAAGGGAUGCAGUUGCCUCAGUGAAUUGCCAGAUUUGGGUCCCAUGAGAGCCUUGAAAGAGCUGGUGAUCGAUGGAACUUCCAUUACUCGGAUUGAUUUCCAAGAAGGUUCCAUGAGGAAGCUCCAAAUUCUCAGUGCUCUCAGUUGUGAAAGACUGACUGAAAUAUCAGAUUCGAUCACGCACUUAAAGUCUGUCACAUAUCUCGCUCUAGACGGCAGUGAUAUCGGUACCCUCCCAGAACCCAUUGGAUCGCUGGAACAACUGAAAACACUGUCUCUGAAGAACUGCGAGAGGCUAAUCGACCUUCCAGAUGGAAUAGGGAAGCUCACGUCACUGCAAGCCCUGGACUUAUCGAACACUGCAAUUAGUAAGUUACCAACGUCAGUCAAGGAUUUGAAAGCUAUGAAAGUGCUUCGGAUGAGGCGUACUUUCAUAAGGGAGUUCCCCAGAGCUAUACUGAAUCUGGAGAAGCUGGAAGAGAUAGAUUUCUCCUUGUGCCGGAAUUUAGAAGGGAUGGUCCCCGACGAGAUUCGUGGAUCGUCAUCCUUGGCAGUCCUGAACCUGUCCAGCACUCAGAUUUGCGCCCUACCUGCAUGUCUAUCCCUCCUUUCUCGUCUCCAGAAGCUCGACAUCUCCAGAUGCGACAAACUUGAGAGCCUGCCCGAGUUGCCCUCUAGUUUGAUUAUUGUUCGUUAACGCUAGGAUCUGCCUAAGAUCGGGGGCGAGUCCAAGAAGUAUUAGUCGA